AUGGAAUCUCCAUAUGCCAGCACAUCUGCAAUGCCGACUCUCUUGCAGCACUCUGCUGGUUCAGCCCACUUGGACGUCGAAACUACCAACUGGAAUGCAGUCAAGAUUCUCGCUGUGCAGCAUCAGAUCCCCCUCCGUCUUCUGGAAGCUACCCGUGAAGCUGUUUCCGCUCAGCCGGAAAAGUACGCGCCAUCCCACGACUUUGGAGCGGCAACAUCCUUGCACAUUACAGCAGCGCGUCUCGAGUCGGGACGUGUCAUCUUUCGCUUCCGAUCUCGACAGCUCGCUUUUGUAUCCACCUCUGACAUUGGCCUCACCGACUCUCGUCCCUUCGCAGCAGGCACAAUACAGCCUGAUCGCAUGCCACGUUCCAGCUCGUCCGGUGCUAUCUUUACUCAGCCUCAAUCAGAUGCCAUCGACAACACACCAGCAUCGCAAAAGCUCAACAGCUUGUUCCGCAAAACGGGUAAUCUCAGCUUGAAACACUCCAAAUCGAUCCCCGUCUUGCGUCGCAAAGCUUCCGCCGCUUUCGCCAACCCAACUCUUGUCGGCCAAGAUGCUGGUCUUUCCAAUAGCACAGCCACCAGUACCCUCUUGCCGACCUCGUCAGCAGCAGGCAACACAUAUUCACACCUUCCCGCUCUUCCGCUCGCCUCCUCGUCCAAGUUGACGCCUGCCUUCUACUCUCACCGCCCUGGUCCGAGCAAUGCUACAUUGAUGGCGCGUACUGGAAGCUCUCCCGUCAACGGUCCUCAUGCCAAUCGCCGUGCUGCAGACCAUAUCCAGGAGGGUGACGUGCUCGGUGCCGUGCUCGGUCUUGGACAAGCCGAUCUCUGGCCCAAGUCGCAUUCGGGCUCGCUGCAAAACACAGCACAAGGACCCCCCAGACCCCCUCCAUCCUCCAGCAGCUCUUCCGGCAUGUCACAAUCCAACUCAGCCGCAAAUCCUCCAACGCAGCCACCGCCGCCAGAACUCCGUCUACCCGAGUUCAGCUUUGACUCCAAUUUUGCCAAGUCGCCUCGCCUCCACCAGCUCAGAGAAGCUCAAUCAUUUGAGUCGAACGCCUCCGACACCACGGCUCGCGGAGAGGACAAGCAGGAUUCAAAUGAUCAAUACCCUGCUGAGCUCCAACCAUUCUUGCGGAUGAACAGUGGCGACACCACCUCCCAUAGUGAUCCAAUAGCACUCAUCUUUGAUGUCAUUCAGUGCUAUCAUCGACCAUCUCCAGCCUCUAUUCCACGGCAGCACGCCAACCUUUCGGCGUCUGCGCCCGCUCUCGGCGAUUCGAAAUCCCCGCAGCCUCCUAAUUUCAUGGCUCAGGCGCAAGCAUUGCCGACUUCCGCUUCUCCCGGUGAUGACCCGCGCUUUGCCAUUUGGGCCGUCAAGAGCGACAGGAACGACGGCACUUUUGUCGUCAGCAACCGCCUGGGCCAGACCGAUGCUGAUCAGGCGCUUGCAUCUGAAAUCGCCUCUUCAGCAGGCAGCUCACCUGCAUCAACUACAAAGCGACGCAACCGCAGGAGCGGGCUGCCCUUCAGCGACGAUGCCGGGUCCAAUAAGCGCUCCUCGGGCGUAUUGCAGUCUCUCAGCCCAAGUGCUGAAAGGAAACCCGAAGCGUCAUCAACUACAACCCCUUCACGAGCGAAAGCAGUGCUACUUGCCGCAUCAGCAGCACGACUUGUUGCUGAGCUGACCGCUGAGAUCGACCUCACACUCCGAAGUGAAUUCUUCUACACCUAUCGCGAGUUCAUGACCCCACUCGAUUUGCUCGAGCUGCUCAUCCUUCGAUUUGAGUGGGCCAUCUCAGAACCAAGCUCUACUGCUGAUGAGGCUCGUCGCCGCAUUGUGCGUGUACGCACCUACGUCGUCAUCAAGCACUGGCUUCAGCACCACUUCGACUUCGACUUCCUGCCCAAUCGUGCACUGCGUUCACGACUCGCCGACUGGCUCAACACCAUCGCUAGGGAAGAGCGCAUUGCUGAUCGCCCUGCCGAUCUCAACAUCGUCAACAGCCUGCGCAAGAUCGUUCGGCAGCUGAAGGAGAUGUACUCUCAGUCGGGCGUCGGAGGUCUCCUUUUGCAUGACUCUGGUCGACUAACCGACAGUCCUGACUCCCGUCGCAAGACUGACAGUCUCUCCACCUUCGGCUCGUCUUCUCACGACUCCGAACCAGUCGGCAACAGAGCCGCUGCGAGUAACGCUUCCAUUGCAGAACCUGGCAUGACGAGCUCCGGUUCUUCAUCGUCCAUUGCGGAGGACGUCAAUCUCGACUUCUCCGAGGAUCGAGGCUCCCAGGAUGCAGCCUACUUCAGAUCGCCACCGACGGAGCAAACGAAUCACGCCUCGCCGGGAGAUGCAACGCGCUCUGCCCAGAAAGCUGCAGCGGAGUCAGUGCUUGUUCCGCAUCGUCACACCCUAGCGCCAGCCACAUUGCACGCACCUAGAUCCAGUACCUCUUCUUCGGGAAACUCGCCAGCUCCUCUGCCGCACCUGUCCGGUACAUGGUCGCGUGCCUUUGUCAACACCGUUGGUCGCUUGUCCAGGUUCAGACGUGUGUUGGGCAAUCGUACCCUCGAUGGCAACCAUGAAAUGGAUGCCGAAGCAGAAGAAUGCAGCGAUCUGUUGUUUGUCAAAGGCGGACUCGACAGUCUCUUGCAGUACUUUGCCAUUGAUCAGGCUAGGCGGCAAUCAUCGUCUGCCUCGCGCCAGUCAGCAAGGAACCCACGACAGCGUCCACUUUCUCGAACUGACGAGGCCAACGAGGACGAAGAGGAGGGAGUCAUCAGUCAAGCUUCGGAGGACAGUACUGGACAGGAGGAGACGCCUAGUUUGGCAGGUACAUCGACCAACCGCUCUACACCAGCCAGCUCGAUCGAUUUGACAGGUCAUCAUGACAAGCAGUCCUCGCAAGAUGCAGAAGAAUCGCUUGGACUCGGCAUCACCGAGCAUGACCAAGGUGAAGGCGAGGUCUCUAUCGUAGCGCAAGGUCAAGACCUUUUAAAUCUGGAUCCGAACUCGCUCCGACCGCUUGAUUCGCUGGCUUGGUCAAAGACUAAGGGUGAGGAUCAUCUUCAUCACGCCACUAGUGAGCAGACGCUGCGGUCAGUCUCGCGAGAGCCUAUGGAGAGGACUUCUGAAGACGGCGCCUUUGCCAGGAGCUCCAUCCUUGCGAACGCAACGAUGCCUCACACUCAGCGCCGCACCUCCGUUCGUGACUCGAUUAUGAGCAACGGAGCACCACGCAUCGUGCAGAUCGACGACAUUGACCUCUCAAGCGAUGACGAUGACUUUGCCGUCCGUAAAGCUCUACGCCGUCUACCUGGAGCGCGAGACUUGCGUCAAGCCAACACCAUCAAGGACCUUGAACCUCAGCAGGUGGCGAAGGGCCGUGACAGCCUCGAUUCGAUGGCUUCUUCCUUCAGGCAUCCAGGCGCGACGCGACAUGCCCACAUUGACUCGUUCGGGCUCGGACACACUCGAGGUGUCAGCGUCGACAGCGCCAUGUUUGUCAACGAGCAGCUUGGAAGUAUGUCUUCGGUCAUGCCGUCAGCUCCACCUAUGAUCAGCAUGGUGCAGACCGAAUUGCUUGAUCCUGAUGAGGCUCUGCAAGGGUAUGAGCUGGUGAAAGGAUUCCGACUCGAUGACCUGGAGAGUGAUGAUGAAGAGCCUGGCGAUGUCGAAGCUGCGCUACGAAGGUUGGAGGGGAUCAUCGAUGAAGAUCGUCAAAAGCAGAAGGCAAAGUGCGUUGAAAGGCUGUGGCAGCGCUCCAUGGCUCGCAAUGCCGGCAAGGAUGCUGUCGAUGAUGAGGACGGUCAGAAACGUACUAGUCAGGCAUCCUAUCGCUCCGAGGCCGAUCGUACACUGUCGUCGUCUCUCACUGGCGGAUCACUUGCCGAUGCCGAAGAUGAAGCGUCAAAUGCAUCAGUCCACCCUUGCGACCAUUCCACGGAGGACCAUGCGCCAUUGCGAUCCAGAUCUCCAGUUCCACAGCAACAGAAGGUUCGGGCACAGUCUUCGUUCCUCGACCUUCAGAACACCAGCUCCGCAUCCGAGUCAGAGGAGCACGACGAGCCAAAACCCACCCUUGCACCUGCCUUCCAGUCACCGCAAAUGGCGAAGUGUACCUCAAAGGCCAACUCUGCAGACGCAAUUGUGUGUGCCCCGGCGCAGCAAACACCGCCAAGCCCGUUAUCAGCGAGGAAGCGCAUCUCAUCAGCAGAUGGUGCUCACUUCGGCACAGGUAUGCUCAUGUCGCCAAAGAGGGGCUUGGCACCGCUGCCUCCCGUUCAUCGCUCGUUUUUGCUCUCCUACCGGUCCGAAUCGGUGGCUCGUCAGAUGUGUUUGAUCGAGGCCGAGCUCUUGCGUUCCGUCACCUGGGACGAGCUUGCUUCCUCCAGAUGGCGCGAGCGACGCUUCGGUGCCGAGGUCACCGACUGGGAGGCCUUUUACCGCGAUCGCGUUCGCGACCGUCUCGAAGCCCAGCGUCUGGGCGAGGUGCACCAAGAACGUGCCGUCGAAGCCAUCGUUGCCCGUUUCAACCUCACUUCGAACUGGGUCGCAAGCGAGGUAGUUCUCACACAGAACAUCGACGAGCGAGCCGCUGUCAUCUCCAAACUCAUUCGCGUGGCAUGGAAGUGCUACCUCCAUUCCAACUUUGCUUCGCUAGCUCAGAUCAUCUUUGGUCUUAGCACGCCAUGGGUCGAGAGAUUGCGCCGCACGUGGAACCGCGUUGGAUACUUCGAGAUGCGCAUGUGGAGAGACCUCAACUCGUUUGUUGGUCCGCGUCACAACUUCAGGCAUUUGCGCAAUGCUAUGUUGCAGCUUGCUGAAGGCAAUGCCGGUGACAGUGGGACGCCUUCUGGUGCGGGCGAGGGGGGUAAGGCAACGUCUAGCCGUGGUUGUAUUCCCUUCUUCGGUCUGUUCGUUUCGGAUCUCAUGCAGUUCGACGCCAUGCCGACUUUCCUCGACCCUACAGCGCCAACGAUGGCCGCUUCAACUUUCACAUCGCAGAAUGGCAAGACACGUUUGCACCCUACGGAUCCCAAUGCAUUCGGCGACCUUGCCCCCUUACCACCUAGCGUGUCACUCGAGCCGCUGAUCAAUGUGCUCAAGUUCCGCAACAUUGCUGAAGUGAUCCGCCAGAUCUCGGCGUUCCAGAACGCUUCUCAGAACUACUCGGUCAUGUUCGAGGCUGAAAAGGGCGCCUAUGUACGCUGUCUGAAGCUUCGAUGCUUGCCUGGAGAGUUGCUUGCACGACUCAGUCACUUGAUCGAGCCCUAG